AUGUCUCGUCCAAGACAUGCUGAUGAUAUUUUGAAUAUUAAUGUUGGCGGGAAAAAAUACACGGUUCGCCGCACUGACAUGCUCGCUGAUCCAAGAUCUAAGCUUGCUGAGUGGUUCAAACCUGGAACUCUGAAGCCAAUUGCAACGGACAAGGGUGGUAAUUAUUACCUGGACCGUGACGCCAAGUGCUUCCGUCACAUUUUGGCGUAUCUUCGUUUGAAAAAGGAGAAAUUCGUUCCAUCGCUGGCCCUGCCAAGCAAACCGGAUGAUCUUGCCAAAUUGGUCGGUGAGUGUGAGGCGUUGAAUUUGGCGGAGCUCAAAGAGCUCGCCCUCGACUUACUUCAAAAGUACCAGAGAACCGAGGAGCAGCACUACGUCACCUCAUACGUUCAAGUCACUCUUCGCGACUUUGAAAGUUGGCAAUUCGAGCGCGAGCAGAACCAAAUCGCUCUCAAGAAGAAGCCAACCAAUGAAGAGGAGUACCAACCAAACUCAGCGUAUGAUGAGUGGGAUAAUUUGUAA